AUGGUAGGCGCCAUGGAUUGGAUCGACAGUGACUCGUCGUUCUACGACGUCCGGGUUGCACGCAGCAUGACGAGUGAUUUAUUCCUUGAAAUCCCACGAAAUGGUAGCUGGGAGCAGGUUUCAAAUGUGAUAGUAUAUUACAACAGCAGAGUAUACGUAUUAAGUGUGCGAAGUAUGGGAGAAUAUGAUUGCGGCAAGGCCAAGCGUUCGGACAUCGUACGCACCUUACGGAUUGAGGCGCACCCCGUUGACCUGGUAAGACAACCACAGUACAAUACAGGCCGAAGAAUAGCCACGAUGCUUCGGUCUCUUGCGUCCUCGCCUGAAGAUCCAGAGCAUUCACGGAGCUGGGAUACGCCACGGAAAUCUACGGAGAACGCCACUCUUGCGCGGAUGUUUUCCGUGGCAUCUCAAAUCUCCGAACAAAAUCCCGAGCCUAGCUAG